AUUGGCUCCACAUGCAGGAGUCUCGCGCAGCUGUAAUUGCCCGCGGAUAUAUUAUCGGAAAGCCGGAUAACUGGAGGAGGAUCUGAGGAGAAGUCGCCAAAUAUUGUGUUGAACGUUGGGGUUAAGUGCGUCUCCCAUUCCCGUUUGCCAUUAUGGGAGGGAUAGAUCGGCAGCGGAGGGUAUCCCUGGCUCUUACCUUGAACUUCCUCGCGCUGAUUCUAGCCGUGUCUGCGUUGACUACCAGCUACUGGUGCGAGGGGACACGGAAAGUUGCAAAACCUUUCUGUACCGGACCGGUCACCACGAAACAGUCGUUCUGUAUCAGGUUCAACAGCUCGAACAUUAACGACAGCAGACUGGUCCAGUACAUCUGGGAGUCCGGCGAGGACAAGUACAUUAUGAGGAAGUUCCACACCGGGAUCUGGUUUUCGUGCGAGGAGAACGUCAAUAUGACAGGUGAAAUCUGCAGAAGUUUCAUUUAUGUCACACCCUCACAUGAAAGAGGAGUGCUGUGGCUGUGUAUCGUUUCAGAAUGUCUGUAUAUUCUCCUUCUGGCCACCGGAGGCAUCCUCAUGUCCAUAGAGGCYUGUCACUUAGGAAACGUCAUCGACGGCCUCAAACUCAACGCCUUCGCUGCCAUAUUCACUGUCCUGUCAGGUCUACUCGGCAUGGUGGCCCACAUGAUGUUCACCACAGCCUUUCAGCUGACAGUCAGUCUGGGGCCAGAGGACUGGAAGCCUCAGUCAUGGGACUACAGCUGGUCAUACAUCCUGGCGUGGAGCUCGUUCACAGCCUGCAUGGCGUCCUCGGUCACCAUCAUCAAUCGCUACACCAAGACCAUCCUGGAGUUCAAACACAAGCGCAGAAACAUCGAGAAGAACCUGAAGAUCAAGCAGAAGCUUCUGGAGCUGGACUCUGGACCAGGGGUUGGGGUGGGACAAGUUGGACAUGUGGAACAGGUGUGGGACAUGUACAUCAGCUCAGUACCCAACUCAGGCUGCACAGCAGAGGAAUUGCUGGACUUGUCCAGUAAUGGAAGGAAGCUGUCCAAUGCUUCAGUGUUUCUGGAUCUGAAUGACCUGCCGGAUCCACAAAGAGAGGAGUACUGCUGAGGAGGGAACUAGGGGACUGAUCAAGGUACGCACAAGUACGCAUAUACACACAAACAAAAACACAUAGAAACAAAUGACUUUCGUCAUGAAUUGCCACCCAAUUUACAAACCAAAUAGCAUUAGCAACUGUGACUUCAUGUUAGAGGAAAUCCAACUCCAAGUUUCCCUGAUGUUCCAAGCUGAGGUAGAGAUCGGUUGAGGAUGAGAGAAAUGGAUAGCAGAGGAUGCAGUAAUAAAUGGUAGAAAUGGAAAGGCAGAGACAAGAAAUGGAUAGAGGAGAGAUGGAUAAAGGAUGAUUUCAGGAGAAAAAWAUAUAUAUAAAUAUAUAUACAUCAGUGCCUUCAGAAAGUAUUCAUACRCCUUGACUUUUUGUGUUAC